AUGUCGAAGAGGUCUCGUGCGAUCUACGAGGCCGAGCUCCAGGCGUUACAGUCCCCGUUUGUCUCUUUCGGCACGCCUCUUCCACCCCUCGACGACGAUGUGCGCGACGACGGCUCCUACGUCCCGGUCUGGAAGCAGGAGGUGAGGGAUGAGAAUGGGCGGAGGAGACUCCAUGGCGCCUUUACCGGUGGAUGGAGUGCUGGCUAUUACAACACUGUUGGCUCCAAGGAAGGAUGGACCCCCUCGACGUUUGUGUCCUCGCGGGCAAACCGCCGGAAGGACCAGCCAGAAGCUGUGCAGCACCGCCCGGAGGACUACAUGGACGAAGAAGAUCUUGUCGAUGCCGAAGAAGCGAGGAAAAUCCACACAUCGAAUGCCUUUGCCGGACUGGGUCUGACCGAAGACGACACCGUCCGCGCCAGCUCGACAGGUCUUGCCGGCCUAUUCCGGGUCCAGGGCGAAACCAUGGGGACACGGCUGUUGAAGAAGAUGGGCUGGAAAGACGGCCAGGGCAUAGGGCCCAAGGUGCGACGCGCCGCGCGAUUGGAUGUCGGCAGGCCGGGGGAUAGCAAGGGAACACACCUAUUUGCGCCCGAAAACGUCGUUGUGGUGCGGCUGUUGAAGAAGACAGACCGCAAGGGUUUGGGAUACGAGGGAGCAGCAAGGCUGUCCUCAUUGGCACCGCCGUCAAAGACGGCGAGUGGGCGGCGUGUUGGCGGCGACAGUGACGAGGACAAUGACGGCGACGACAGCGAAAUGAGCGGCUUUCGGAGUGGCUCGUUUGGCCGAUCGAAAUCCAUAGCGAGCAAAAAGACGGAAAAGAAGGGGCGCAGCGGCGGCAUUGGCAUGGGCGUGCUCAACGACACAGGCUCCGAUGAUGAGGACCCUUACGACAUGGGGCCACGAAUAUCGUUCAACCGGGUAAUUGGCGGAGACAAGAAAAAGAAGAAGCCGACACAGAAGAAGAUUGGCGACGUCGAUAGCAGCGCCGGGGUGGCCAAGUCCAAGUUUGCCUUUUCAAAGCGUCCUAUGGCGCUUGGGAAUACUUCUGGCAAUGCCCGUUUAUGUCAUGACGGCCGACCGCCUCUGGCUGGCUUCGUGCUGGGACGCGAGUCAGACGCGCUGACGUCCGAUAUGAAUUCUGCGAGCAAAUACCCACCACCGACGAUCCCGGCCGGUUGGACGUCGUCGAAGCAGGCCAAGAGUCGGCAGGCCAGCUGCAGCUACGUCUCUACGACCGAUGCGGCGAAAGCGUCGAGCAUGGACCCCAAGGCGCGUGCGGCCGUGCUUGGCGAGGGCCUGCUGCCCGGCAAGUCUGUGUUUGACUUUCUGUCGCCGGCAGCACGAGACCGCAUCGCCGCAGCGACGGGGAGGACCGACCUGCCCGAAGCCCGGAGCGAGGUGCCGGCCGAAUUUGCGCUGUCCGACGCGGAGAAGCUGGAGAAUCUGCUCCAAGAGGUGCCGUCGCUGGAUAAGGCCACCGCGGUGGCAGCAAUCUCGCGAGGCGCCCGUGGUGGCGGGCCAUACCAGGACAACGAAGCCAAGCGGUCCCGAUAUCGUGCUUAUCUCGAGUAUCACGCCGGCAUCGCGAGUGCACUUCCACCGAAGCCGACCAAGCUUAGCAACGACGACUGGUUGCGGGAGUUUCACGAGUUUUUUAAUUGCGCGAGGAUCUUUAAGCCCAUGUCCGGCCUGAUGGCUUCGCGAUUCACGACGUCCUCGUCGGCGAAACAGCCAUUGGCCAGCGGCUCAAGCGGCAAAGCCGACGGCAGGACCAACCUGGUGUCCAGACCGCCGCCAAAGGCGCAGGAUCCAGCUGAGGAAGCGGCCAGCAUGGGCAUGUACGGACCUCUGACGCGGUCGGUGCAGGAGUUUUUCCCAACACGGCUGUUGUGCAAGCGACUAGGGGUAAAGCCUCCGGCCAUUGUGCAGCCAGACCAGGACGUAGACAUGGACAUGGGACGAUCUGGCUCGUCCGCCUGGUCGUCAUCUGCUACGAGCAAGCCCAGCUACAGUAGCACAUAUGUGCAGGGCAGCGCCGGGGUGGCUGGACAAGCGACUCCGGCAACGGCAACGGCUGCGGUGUCGACGUCGAACACGGAUGUAACGGACGCAAAAUUGCCAGAGGAUGCUUCGAUCAGGACCAACCGAAACGAAGCUCUAGAGGGUCAAAGGGCCAGCGAGGACGUAUUCCGGGCGGUGUUUGGCGACAGCGAUGACGAUGAUGACGAUGACGACUGA